CCCAAACCGAGCCCGACCUCUUUUCAGCUGUUCCUGCAGUAGUAGCGCUCGCCAUGGCAAGCCUACCCGGCUUUACCACCAACUUCCCCGCGGGAUACCCAACGUUCCAAGCACGCGGCGGUGGAACCUUUGCGCGCUACAGCGGUGGCGGCAGCUCGUCGUCGGGAGCAGCAGAGUCGCCGCAUGCGCAUGCAUCAGCAGCAGGAGGAGGACCACCACCCCAGCCGGCCGCAGAACCGCACUUUGACAUUUUCGAAUGGCACCCCGCCUACCAGAGCUGCCAGCGCUACUUCCUCGACCACGCCCAGCACGACAAUGGCGUCCAGGCCGUCUGCGCCCUCAUCAACAUCUCCCUGCCGUUCCAAUGGUCUCAGAACCCGCUCUUGAGCUCCUCGGGCCCGCUACCGCACGCCUCGGGGCCCGCCGCUUACAACAUGGGCUGGCCGCGCCAAGGCCCAGUCUCUUCGUCGCGCAUGCCCGGCGGUAUGGGUGGUGUUGGUGUAGGAAGUAGCAGUGGGAGUGGAGGUGGCCACCACGCACAGCCGCCGCCGCCAGCAUGGGUCUCGCUAGUGCCCUUUAUCCGGCGCCUGGUCGUCACAGGCAUGGACAGCGCAGGCAUCAUGCAUGGCUUCUUCGGCGAGGACUGGCGCAAGGGCGUCGGCCCCAUGCACGAGUGCGAGCGUCGCAACUACCUCUUCACCGCAAAGAGCGUCGGCUGGGCCAAAGUAAAGUGCCAGUACGACAUGUCACCCCACGAAUCCGUCCCGUUUCUCAAGCCGCUCCAGGAAGUUCAGCUUGCAGAGAUUGAGGGCGCGGAGAAGACGUGGAGUCAGUGGCUGGCCAUGGAGGAUUGGAUGGUUGGCCCGCGGGCCCCAGAUGCGGGUGAUGGCGAUCAGCAUCUGGAGGAUGCGCCGUCGCAUCAUGAGUCGUGAUUACUGAUACAUAAGACCCUUUUUCUUUACGUAUAGAGUUUUAAGGUGUGUUCUGGGGUACUUCUUUUUCUCUCUCUCUCCAUCUGGUUGCUCAUUUCAUGUCAUUUUCCACUUGGCCGUUAUUGUCCGUCAAGCGUUCAGAAAUCUUAUUU